GAGCCCAUGGUGUCUCCCGGCGCCGCCGCUGCAGCCGCCGCCGCCGUCUGCUGCAUGUGCGGCGACCAAGGGCUGCCGGACGAGCUCUUCCAGUGCGCCGUCUGCCUCCAGCGGCUGCAGCACAGAUACUGCAGCGACCAGUACCCAAGGAUGGCGGCGUACUCGACCUGCAACUGGUGCCUGGGAGACAAGCAAGUCGGCGAAGGUUCGCCGUCGCCGUCGCCGGCGGCGGCUAAGGCGCUGACGACGGCGAGGGCAAAACAGAGAGCGGCGGCGUCAAGGCUGAACGGUUCUCGUGGCCAUCAUGGCGACAAGCUAGGUUGCACCGAUACGGGAUACGGAUACGGCGAUACCGAUACGGCGAUACGUUGAUACGGCAUUUUUAGAAAACAAGGAUACGCCGAUACGGCAAGUAUAUAAAUAUAUAAAAAAAAAUCAGAAUACUUCUAUUAAGAAUAAUUUUUACUCUAGUAGAAUAAUCAACAAAUAGAGAUGACAAAAUAUAGACAUGGCUAGUACAAUGAAGCAUUUAAGAUACUUGGUUUCACACUAGCAGAAAACUAAAUAUUGUUUUUAAUAUCCUUACAGCAGAAUAAUAAAUAUUAGGAUACUAUAAGUUUUAGGCUAAGUUC